AUGCUGCUGCGACCCUCCGAGAGCGGUGAAGAAUUCGUGUACGUCCACUACCACGAGCUCAACGCGUUCGAGUCGCCGCGCGCCUUCACGCCGUCGAGUGCUGUGGACCGCGCAUGCCUCCUCUGCCAUGCGACCGUGGCCACGCUGCACGGCGACAUGGCCGACGUCGUCGACAACCUUGUCCAUUGCGCGAGCUGCCGCAGCUACUACUGCCACGGCUGCCUCCAAGACUAUUUAGCCCACAAGAUCGAGACGCGCCAGGUCUUGCCGAGUCAGCUCGUGUGCCCGGGCGCGUGCCAGCAAGCGCUGCCUGCGACGACGCUGCAAGCGCACAUGCGGCGCAGCGACUUUGCCAAAUACAACGCGUUCUUGACGCUGCCCA